CUGGGCCACUUGCUGGGUGGCACCAUGCAGCUCUGGGUCUCUCCCUCGCUUCUCCUGCUCUUCACCUUCUGCCAAGAACUUCGAUCAGAAUUAAGACAAGGUUGGUAUGGAACAUGGGAGCUCCAAAAAUACUACAACUGGAGAACUUAUGAAUGUGAGGUUUUUUAUUAUGGAGGUUGUAAUGGCAAUGGCAACAACUUUUUGAGGAAAGAAGCAUGUGAGAAAGGCUGCAAGAACACCUGA